AUGUCAUCUGAGCCAAUCCCCGUCCAAACUACCCCAGCACCUGCCCCAGUUCUUAAGACUCACACUGCUGCUUGCCACUGUGGUGAUGUUAAGGUAAAGGUUAAUGUCGACUUGUCCGCCACUGGUAGAUGUAACUGCACUGUUUGUGUGAAGAAGAGAUCCUGGAAUGCCCGUGUUGCCAUCGAGGAGUUCACUUUGGUUGCUGGUGCCGACGCCUGCUCCGUCUACACUCUGUCCGGUGCCGCCUUGCACCACUUCUGCAAGCGUUGCGGAGUGUCUGUCUACAGCAAGUGCAACAUCCCAACCAUUGGAGAGUUCUACACCGUCAGUGUCAACUGCCUCGAUGGUUUGACCGCCGACGAGUUGGCCGCCAUCCCAAUCCGUUACAGUGACGGUUUGAACAACAACUGGUGGAACCCACCAACUGUCACCUGUUACCUCUAA